AUGGCCACCAAGCCCAAGCAGAUCCGUUUUGAAGAGGAUGGGUUCGAUGAUUGGUCAGACUCCCCGGAAUCGCCUUCCCGGUCACCAACGCCCAGUGUCAGUUCCUUUCAACGUGACUCUCGCCCAAAACGUGGCACGACGCGGAUUCCUUCACGGAUUGUUUCCAAGCGCGCAUUGAUACAUCUUGGAUACUCCUUUGCCGAAGAUGGAGACACCAUUAUUGUUCAGCUGGCGCUCGGACAGAAUCACAUCGAGGAACUUCUUGAACUCAGCAACAGAAUCCGAAGCUCAGAUCAAGGGACUUCUGAAGUCGGCGAUAGCGGUGAGACGGGCCCCCGAGAUAAAGAUCAAGGCUUUGACUGGAUCAACGUCAAUGCCCCUGAUACAGAGACGCCGCAUCUAGAGACGGGAGAAAUCGGAGACUUCUCUGGGAACGAGGAUGAAGAGUCGACGCUAGAUGACACGGAUUGGGACUGGCACAAUCUCGAAGGUCCAGUGAUCUACUCAGGGGUUCUAAAUCUGAACAGCACAAAAUCGUCCAUGGACAAUGACAUGAACUCUACUGCCGGAAAGCUUCUGGCUUGGAAUCAAGAAAAGUCAGAUCUCAUUAAUGGAGCUAAGACGGAGCUCAAUACAGCGUAUGCAGCAGAGUUCUAUAUGGAUCGAGUCGGCAACCAAAAGAUCACUCUUGCCUGCCCGGAAGACUACGAACACGUACAGUCCGAGUCCUUGAAUGUUGCGACUAUGGAGACUCUGAUAUCAGACUGUCCAUAUAUAUCCCAAUCACUUAGGCUAGUAGCACUUACAGUUCUCAAAGAAGUCACUGCGAAAUGUGAGAGAUCUUCAGAAAAUGGCUCUUACCUCGAACCUGGCUCAAUGAUCCAAUACAUUGGGAGAUACAACAGCUCACUUGGGGUCUAUGCAGACGAAGACGCCUCUGAUACCGAACCUGUAGUCUUCAUCUCUUCACCUCAUCUUCUUCUUACCGACAGGCGCUCAGCCAAAAAAUUCCCCGGGAAGCACUAUAUGAGGAGUCUUCGAGAAGUUCUCUAUGGCUAUGACGACGAAACACAGCCCAAUAAUGACUCUCGAGGACGAAACUUCAAGCUCGACGAGGAUGGACCGACCAAAUUGAAGGUUCCGCAAAUUUGGACCCUAAUAGUUGGUGCAGACCUGAUCGUCACCUUCUCAGAACUCUUGUCGCCAGAGAUACAACAAAAUCUGAUCAAGAUUGACCGGACGAAAUCAUCUGCAGGACUUUACACCGUCAGGCUCAUUAACGAACAAGACAUGUGUCGGUAUCAUGUUGUCGUUAAAGCCGAUUGGAAAUAUGCAUUGGAGGACUUCCUCAAGCAUGCGGUGGCACUGGCACUUAAGGGGCAAGGUCCUGUAAAUGCAGCUGCUUACGUGCUAGUCAACGAUUAUUGGGGCAUAAUCACAGCAGAUAUCUGGCUGAACUUACUUGCGAGCGAGACGAUCGAGGACUAUGUCUUCGGAAUCCGAGAGAAACACGAGGCGCAGCGGAGACCCAAUGAGGAAUUCCUUGCCCUGUCGGAAAAGCUCCUCACUGCGGGGAGCAGGAGCAAUCUGGGCAGCCGCAGAGCGUCGCGCCGGAGUUCAUUCAGGUCCGACUCGAGAGCCACAAACCUGAAUCCGAUCGACAUGGAUAUGCAGAUGGUACUGCAUCCCGGUAUGUGGGAAUAUGGUGGUGACUCUCCGAGCCCUUCAGAAGACGGGUUAGACCAGGUAGGAAGCGACACGUUUGAAACUUCAACCCUGUCAUUUGACUCACACUUGGGCGUUGAUAAUUCAUCACUCGAUGGCACUGUUGACUUGACUACAUCCAUGUCGGAAACAAGCUUUAGGAUGAGAAACAUGGCCAACUUUGAGUCAUCUGUCUCGCUUGAGGGUGCUGAAGCCCCGAGGCUCUUCAAGCUUAAAAAGGAAACAGAAGAAUCGGAUCAGACGAGUCAAACAACAAACAACUCGAUCUAUGUCAACGAGGAGUUUGAGAUCGAAUCUCACGUCCGACGUUCCUGCGAUCUCAACUUUGUACCGUUUCUUGCCUGGAGACUAACAUGGGACGACGACAAGAGAUCACAGUCCGAGAUUGAAAAGACCCUUACUCAGCUACUGGGUAAUCUGAAUGCGACUAUCGAGUCGGAUAGAAUGGGAAAAUGGUACAAGGCUUCUUUCGAAUGUACCAAGGGCGAGCUUACGCAGCGGCUAGCUAGCAUGCUACAAUUAUCUCCUCCCAAACCAACUGGAGAGGCAACUGAGGGCGUGGCGCAGACUAACUCGAGGCCGGACGUCAAUCCAGGCUCAAACUCUGUAGUUGACGCCGAUCUACAGGAACCAGACCUAGAGACCAGCAUUGAACAUGAGGGGUCUACUGGAAGCCUUGUAGCUCCAGCGUCGACGUUGUUUGGGUCUACCGAGAACGAAGAAGAUGAGUUGGACCCGAAGGUUGAACCCAACACACACUUCGGCCACCCUAUACACAAUUCAUCAAGCGAAGAUCUCCGAUCUGGUAAUGAUCUUUGGAAACUGAUGGAUUCCAAAGAGGACCAUGAAUCAUUCCUCCUGUCGAGAAUAUUUAGCGUUUCUCAAACCUCAGUUUCAGGCUCAAGAGCUCUAGGCGAUUGCGAUGAGUGCGACAAGGUGAAACGAUACUUGUCACCAGAAGAAGCACUCGACCAUUGGCACAAGGUUCACAUGAGAACUCCAUGUCUGUACCAAGCGAGAAGGGACCGGGUAUUUGAUGAUCCCUGUUUCGUUUGGAUCCGCCGCCAUACAGUCGAAGAAUCCCGGACUGUCAGAUCGAAGGAAGCUCCUAGGAACGAAGUGGUUUCGUGUCUAGAGCUAUUCUAUGAAGAGUUACUAGACAUGGUUGACCGGACAGAGGAGCUGCACAAGCUGGUCAUGAGCGUGACUAGCCUGGGAGACUCGGUCAACUGCCAUGACAGCCGACCUCAUCUGCCCAAUAGCCUAGUUGAGGCCUUUGAGCGGAUCGUUGGCCUUUUCGUACUGAAAGCCAAGGAGAUUUCCUGGAUGAACAGACUCACUGUCACUCCUGAUUCGUUAUACGGCCGUCAUGCUGAGCGACGCUUGAUGGAUCUCAAGAGGAAUGCGGCAGCAAUCUCAGAGCGUGUUCGCAAUCACCUCGACCGAGCGAAGGAGGACAUCAUCCUAUUGGGAACCAGUAGAGGUGACAUGGACAGGAUCAUUAUCGCACCAAUAGGCCCCGAGUUCCUGGCAGUUGCGCUGAUCAGCAAUCUGCAGAAUAACAUCUCCAAGCGAGGCACCAACGAAAAGGUCGAUCUCAUCAGUCACUACCGGAACUACACUGCCAAACUCCGUUUCAACACCAACCGAAAGCCGAAGCGGCAGGCUUUUGUAGAGAUCCAUACUCUCGAAGAGGAGUUGGAGGCUUUGCAGAUGGUGGUCGCUUCGCAGCAAGGACUAUUGAGGGCGUACCAGAGGCUCUUUUCCCCGUUAAAUUUCAAGUACCCCACGACCGACUGGAUCUACUAUAAGGAACGAAAAUCUCUGUUCAGACUCGAGAGCAAGUGCGUGCGCAGACAGCAGCGACGCUUGGCGGAGCGCGAUAGGGCGCUUGGAGUUCUUCGGAAGAAGGUGAGGGUGUUGAGAGACGAGACGAAGCAGAGAAUCGAAGUCCUUGACGAGGGCCAUGGAAAGGCGAUUCGGGUGUUUACCAUAGUUACCUUGUUCUUCUUGCCAUUGUCAUUCGUCACGAGCUUUUUCGGAAUGAAUACGACCGACAUCAGAGAUACCAACUAUGACCAAAAGAUCUUCUGGAUCUCGGCCCUCCCCGUCACGUUUGGGGUCAUAGGGUUAGCAUUUCUGUAUGGCUACAAGUGGGAUAUGAUCGCGGGAUGGGCAAACAGGACGCUGAGAUCGGCCGACAAGAGUACAGCCCCCCAUGAUUUCUUGAAUGAGGAGAUACCGACUUGGACGAGUACGGCGGAACCAAAAGAUACCUGGUUGCCAAAUCAUGGACGAGCCAGCGUCACCGGGUGGAGAUAUCGAAUGUCGUAUCUAUCCGCACGGCAGCGGCGGCGAAAGGGCAGAGUUCCUAGGAAGAAGACGGACGAUAGUCUCUUUCGGCCAUAG